ACCUACCCUAAAUUUUAUGCUGUUUACUUCGGACCUAGUCUAGAUCUAGAUCUAGAUCGAAUAACAUCUAAAAAAAAAACAUCGAAGCAUCGUCUUCAUAUUAAAGAAGGUUCAAAAGUAUACAAAAAAAAAUCAACCUGGCUAUUCUUUUUCAAUAGAACGAGGAUAUUAUUUUAAAAGUAUUAGUAACAAGAACAACCAAGCCUUAGCUUUUAGAAUGUCCAUCUCUCAGAAAGUGAGUAACUGUCUAAAUAAAUUAUGGGGAGAUAAAGAAAAUUGUGAUUUUACAGUUCAAAUCGGUGAAGUGUCCAUCAAAUGUCAUAGUAUUAUCCUCGCGGCUUGUUCGCCAUUUUUUCUUGGACUGCUGAGAUCUGGAAUGAAAGAAGCCAACGAGGGACGUGUAGUUCUACAAAAUGUAUCAGCCUCCAACAUUCAGUUAAUCUUGAAAACUUUGUACACCGGUGAAGACGUGUUGAGUCUGGACAACUUCAUCGAAAUCUGGCACGCUGUAGAUAUGCUGCAGUUUGAAUUUCUUGUAGACUUAUGUGAAACAUUCGCCACUAAAAACAUAAAACUGGAAAAUUUCAGUGAAAUCUUCUCCACUGCCAAUCUCUUUAAUUCUAAAUUAGUGCUGUCAUCGGUGAAAACAUUCAUGAUUCAGAACUUUGAAUCUAUUUAUACAUCUAAACGUUUCUUAGAAUUAUCUUUUGAUGAAAUGUGUUUUAUAGUUAGCAGUCAUGCCCUUCAUUUCAACAGCGAACAUCCUGUACUAGAGUUGAUUCUAAACUGGGCUGAAUACAAAAUUGGUGUUAGAGUUUCUAAAGCGGUAAACAACUGCAAUGAAAACAAUAAAAAAUUAAAAACAUUAGAACCAGUUAGUAUUUUAAGCUAUGCCAGCUUGAAAUAUACACAGCUUAACAGUUUAGAAGACAAAACUACCAAACUGCUGACACAGACGUCCAUAUGUUAGACCUUCAUGCCAAAAGCUGGACAAGACUGGACAACCUCGAGGGGCCAGCUAAAAACAUCAUCAGUUUUCGUAACGACGACAACCACUUUGUGCUACAAACAAACGGCAGCUUGUGGGUUUUGAGAUCAACGGGUAAACAAAUCAGAUUUGGUCUUGUAGCUGAACUUUGGAGUUUACACCACGAUUUGUAUGGAGCUCUCUUGUAUGGUGAAAAACUGGUCAUCUUUCACAAAUGUCUAGAACAGGGUCCAGAAAAGAGAAUUGUCUGUAGAGUUGGCAAUGCUUUUGAUUCAUUUAGUUAUUAUGAGUUAUCUUCUCCGUAUUCAAAACUGAUUCCUGUUGUUCUGCCUAAAUUUUGUCUUUCAGAAUGUUUAUAAUACCGGGAUGUCUAGCAUGAUAUUUUGUAACGUUUUAUACAUGCAACAUAAUCCAGUAAUAUUGUUAAACUAGUGCAAAAGAUGAUAACCCUUAAGUAUUAAGAAAUGAUACAAUUUUUAUCUUAUGUUCAUUAGAAAACCAUCACGAUAAAUGUAAUAUUACCAUGUUUUACAUUUUAAACAAUUGUAUACACCGUUUCAAUAAAAUAGAUACAUACACUGCACAUGUUUAACGUACACGUGGUAACUAUUAAUAUCAAAAUAAAACAGAAAUACUGAUUACGAAAUUUGAUAGAAAUGAAAAAAUGGUUUUGAAGAGUAAUUGACAUUUUUGGUAAAGCUACAUCACAUUAUACUUUUACUAACUACAUCAAUUUUUAAUGCGAUAUUCUAGCUUCGACUUGAAUAAAAUCGUUUGCGGCAUUAAAA